GACGCGAAGCAAACAUGCCCUCAAGCUUAUGCCCACGCGAGUGAGAAGUGAGAAUCUCCUAGGAAAGAGAAACAACGAAGACUCGAAACGAGUACACCAACCUUUCUUUCUCUCCUCUCGCUUCUGCGGCGAAUUUUCUUGUCCCGUGCCGGCCGCCGUGUCUACCCUGCGCCACCGCCCCUUCCAACGCCUGCCGUGAAGACAAAAGGUGAGCUUUUUAUCCCCUCUUCCAGUUUCAGUACUUCCCCAAAGUUCUUCGAAGGCGUUUAUCGGGUGCCGGGGAACGCCUCACCGUCCGCAUGAAGCCCCAGCGUGCUGCGGUCCGUCACAACCGCCGUUGCGACCUUUUGUGCGCCGUGGUUUCCCCACGGCGGCAGCAAGUGGAGAGGGAGAGCCUGUGGCUGCGUCGAUUGCGACGGAUGUCUUGGUUAAGUUUGAAGAUGUCGUGCUUGGCAUGCUGUGGCGGCGAAGAUACUCAAAGAACACCUGAUAAUGGAGGUCCAUACCCUGGUGGCUACCCACCAAGGGAUGAUGCUUAUCGCACAGCUGAUCCAACUCCGAGGGGUGCUCAACCUUUGAAAAUGCAGCCAAUCACUGUCCCCACUAUUCCUGUAGAAGAAAUUAGGGAGGUCACAGUGGCUUUUGGUGAUGAAGCUUUGAUUGGUGAGGGGUCUUUUGGCAGAGUAUAUUUUGGUGUACUAAAAAAUGGUAGGAGUGCAGCGAUAAAAAAGUUAGAUUCAAGCAAGCAGCCAGAGCAAGAGUUUUUGGCACAGGUAUCCAUGGUGUCAAGGCUUAAGCAUGGCAAUGUCGUAGAGUUGCUUGGUUACUGUGUUGAUGGAAACACCCGCAUCCUUGCAUAUGAAUUUGCUACUAUGGGUUCUCUUCACGAUAUGCUUCAUGGACGCAAAGGUGUGAAAGGAGCUCAGCCUGGUCCAGUCCUGUCCUGGACACAACGAGUGAAGAUUGCUGUUGGAGCAGCAAAAGGCCUUGAGUAUCUUCAUGAGAAAGCGCAGCCUCAUAUUAUACACAGGGACAUCAAGUCCAGUAAUGUUCUUCUAUUUGAUGACGACGUAUCUAAAAUAGCUGAUUUUGAUUUGUCAAACCAAGCUCCGGAUAUGGCAGCUCGACUUCAUUCGACCAGAGUUCUUGGAACAUUUGGCUAUCAUGCACCUGAGUAUGCAAUGACUGGACAACUUAGCUCUAAGAGUGACGUUUACAGUUUUGGAGUUGUUCUUCUGGAGCUCCUGACUGGAAGAAAGCCUGUGGAUCAUACAUUACCAAGAGGACAGCAAAGUCUUGUGACAUGGGCAACUCCACGGCUUUGUGAAGAUAAAGUUAGGCAAUGCGUUGAUUCAAGACUUGGAGUAGAAUAUCCUCCUAAAUCCGUUGCAAAGUUUGCAGCUGUUGCUGCACUGUGUGUGCAAUAUGAAGCUGACUUUCGACCCAACAUGAGCAUCGUGGUGAAGGCGCUUCAGCCCCUGCUGAAUGCACGUGCAUCCAACAACCCUGGAUGAAUGAAUGAAUGACUGCCGUUGCUUUUCCCUGACGAGAGUAUCUGAAUCAGACAACAUGUAGCAUUGAAUUCAGAUAAAUAUAGUGUUUGGCUUAAUACACUUGGCCCUAGAUGUUCAUCAGGAGAUAACCUCUUGCAGUUUCUGGAUGUUACCUAGUCUUUGUAUCCCUAAUGGCAUAGACUAAAGGGCCUGCUCGUUUCUGUCGGAAUUCACUAGGAAUCGUUCCAGCUGAUCGAACCUAGUAUAAAUUAGACAAAUAAUUCGGCUAGUAAUCUCUAGUAAUCGUUCUGGGUGUCUAUUCCCUAGGAACCGAACAGGCCCUAAACUGUAACCUAUUGUUCGGUUGCGUUCCAUCUGGUGUUGUUUACAUCCACCAUCCAUGAAGUCAAGCAGCAUCCUAUUUGAGGACCCCGUAAAAUUCCUCAUUGUAGCCUCCGGUUCAAAAUGAUUUGUUACAGUUUAAGCUAAUACAUGGUCUGGAUUUCUAUUAUGGCAACGCGAAGAGUUUAAGCUAAUACAUGGUCUGGAUUUCUAUUACA